CGUUUAUAACUACAACCAGUUAGUUAGCAAGGCAGAAAUGUCCCAUUUAGUAAUUGAACGCGGCGGUAAUCGGUUGUAACACCGGAUUUUGUGGGUGUAUUCCGUUGCUGUACCUCGAACACAUGCUGUACCUCAAGGAAACUAAAAACGUAGUUCACAAAAUGUAUACGUUUAUAUUAUUUGUUUUUUAUUUCUCGACGGAAUGUAUUUUUCAGAGCCAAAGCGAGAUCUACUCGUUGAAUUACAUCUACACUGUCCUCUCAAAGCCAGUUGAAUUGCCUGGUAUCCAUGAGUUCACUGCCAUGGGUUUGAUGAAUAACAGACAAAUCGAUUACUAUGACAGUGUGGAUAAAAAGAAGAUUCCCAAACAGGACUGGAUGAGGGAGAAGCUGCCAGCAGACUACUGGGAAAAAGGCACUCAGUCACGCAAGAGCAAGGAGCAGUGGUUCAGAGUCAAUGUCGACAUCCUGAUGAACCGCAUGAGGCACAACAACACUGAUGUCCAUAUUCUUCAGGGGAGGCAUGGCUGUGAGAUUGACAAACAGCCAGGCGGCACAUUGAAAUUCAUGAAGGGCACUGACCAAUACAGCUACGAUGGUGACGACUUCCUGGCCUUUGACGAUGCCACUAUGCAGUGGGUGGCCCCAGUUGAUCAAGCUCUGCAGACUAAGAGGAAGUGGGACGGGGAGCAGAUCCUCAACCAGUACACCAAGGGCUACCUGGAGAAGGAGUGUGUGGACUGGCUGUCCAAAUUCAUGGCAUAUGGGGAUAAAGAAUUCAGUAAAGCUGACUCCCCUCCAGAUAUCUAUGUUUUUGCUAAUAAGGCCAAAACUGCAGGAAAUGUCCGCCUGACCUGCAUGGCGACAGGUUUCUAUCCCAAAGAUGUGAUGAUUAAUUUUAAGAAGAAUGGUAUCCAACUGAACAAAAACGAUGGAGUGCUGUCUACAGGAGCCCGACCCAAUAAUGAUGACACCUACCAGGUCAGGAUUAGUGUGCAGAUCCCAGAGGCAGACAAGCAAACUUACGAAUGCUUUGUCAACCAUAUAACGUUGAACGAGUCAAUUGUGGAAAAAUGGGAUGGAACAUGCCGUGAUUGUAGCCAAUCCACAGUUGCUAUCAUUGCUAUCAUCAUCAUCAUUGGUGGCGCUGCUGCCAUUGGCAUAAUUAUCGUGCUGUUUCGUUGGAAGAAGGGCAAAAUAUGUGCUGGUAAUACAGGAGCUCUACCACCGACUGGGAUCCAGGCCCCUCUAAAUGGCAGUGGGAAUGGAGCGACCAAUUCGAAUUUGACCACCACACCAAUGACAAUGAAUGGCGCUAGAGGCACUUCCUCUGACUCAGGCAAAGACGGUGGAAGCAUCAACUCAUCAGACUCUGGUAAAGGCAGCCAGAAGGAAAGGUCUUCAGAUGGAGCCAGUGAGGAGGAAGUUAAGACACCGAUGCUGCCUAAUUGAAGUGGCUAGAUGACUUGGUGGGGAAACUUCCUGACCGGACCGGUCAAUUCAUUUCAUAUUAUGGCUAUUGAUAAUGCUUGUUAUUCAGUUACACUGCUCAAUUCUUAUAAGCUUGUGAUGGAAAUGAUAGUUACUUAUAGUUACAGUUAGUAUGUGCUGAAAAGUGCUGCAUUUAAUAGUGUUUGAUGUUCUUCAGUAAGGUUCUGUACUUCCAAAUACACUCAAUAGUUGGUGGUUAGGUACCGGUCGGGUCGAUGUGUACAUUUCUCUUCAAUGAAUUUAUUCUGUCGUACAUUUCAUGUUUUACUGUUACACUGGAUGUUACUGUAUGGAGAGAGGUUAACACACAAUGAAAAGGCAUCUUUACAGUAUUUUACAGUAUUACAGUAUUACAGUAUUACAGUAUCAUUCUUCAGGGAUUAUAACUAGACCUGUACUAGAUCAGGGUUAUAUAGGCUGAGAAGUAUACUGUAUGUUUGUAUGUUUUCAUACCUCUGGUCUCUGCCCAAUCUGUGACAAACUCUUCUUUUAAGGAACAUUUCAAAAGAGUUCUAGACAAACAUCUUCAGUAAUAUUUUGAGUAACAAAAAAGCUCUACAACAUAUUUACUGUAUGUGUUUCAUGACUGUUUUUACCAUAUUGUGUUUUUUUUUUAAGUUCCUGCAAAUAUAUAUAAAAAAAUAUGAUGUUUAAUAUUGUAAAGUAUUGUUAAUACUUUGGGUAUUUGCAAUAUAAUAUUUUAAGAUAGUUUUUUUUAAACUUAGGGCCAUUUCAAAACCUUUCACUGGGCUGCUAAACUAAGACAAAUCUACACUCUUGAAUGAAUACGUAGUGGAAUUUCUGUGAAUAUCACAUUGUAAACAUUGUUUUAUCGAGGACACAAAUACUCCCAACAUGCAGUCUUGAAGCGCAGGACUUAAAUAGUUUCUCUUAUCACAGAAACCUGGUCAGUGUUUUUUUUAAAUAGGGCCUGUUAUGUUAUUUUAAUAAUUUUGCAUGGCAUUGCUCUGUUACAAUGUACUAACCCGUAUGUUACAUCACUUAUUACAUGCCCACGGAUGCACGCAGAAACACACACACACAAUGGUUAUAACCUGUAAAUGCUUUUGAAAUAUCCUGUAUGAUUUUUUUUUAUGACAGAAAAAUUAAAUUAUUAUGAUAAAAUA